CACGCUUCUCACACCCACAAACUAAACUCCUCCAACAAUCUCUCUCUCUCUUAUUCUCCUCUGCAACAACUCAGCUCAACACUGACCCUGUGAAGAAACCCACACACGUUAACUGAACUUAAAGCCAUUAAUCGUCAUCAAUUCAUCAGUUUCCUUUGCUCACACACAACAAAAUGCCGAGAAAAGGAAUGAGAAGCAUUUUCUUCAAGCCAUCAUCAUCUUCACCUUCCACGUCAUCGCAACCACCUCCCUCCCCUCUCCGGACAUUUUCGGACUCCAUAAUGGAACAGAACAUACACAUCGCAGAGGCGCUCAUAAACAAAUGGGACGAUUCCAAACUCGGAACGCCGCUUUUCAGCGGCACGCGCCAGGAAGCCAGAAAGUACCUUGACGCGGUGAGGGGACUACAAUCCGCUAUGCAGUACUUCGUCGCACAGGAUUCCACCUCCGCCACUCUUGUGCGCGCUCAGUUCCUCAUGCAACUCGCUAUGAAGACGCUCCAGAGAGAGUUCUACCAGAUUCUUUCCUCCAACAGAGAACACCUGGAUCCUGAAACCGUCUCCGCGCGCUCCUCCAUUGAUCUCCGCAGCAGCGUCUCCGAGUACGUUUCCGAUUACGACGACGAAAUCACUGCCUCCGAGGAUGACUUCCGCAUCUCCGAGACCGAGCGCGUGUCAAUGCUCGCCAUGGAGGAUUUGAAAGCCAUCGCGGAUUGCAUGAUUUCCUCGGGCUACGGGAAAGAGUGCGUUAACGUUUACAUCGUUAUGAGAAAAUCGAUCGUCGACGAAGCACUGUACCAUCUCGGAGUGGAAAAACUGACCCUCGCUCGCGUUCAGAAACUGGACUGGGAGGUUCUCGAGUUGAAGAUCAAGAAAUGGUUGAACGCUGUUAAAGUCGCGGUUGGAACUCUCUUCCACGGCGAGAGAAUUCUCGCGGACCACGUCUUCUCCUCGAAUCCCGAAAAGAGGAUCGCGGAAUCGUGUUUCGCUGAAGUCACCAAAGACGGCGCCGUUUCGCUCUUCGGUUUCCCCGAAAUGGUGGCGAAGUGCAAGAAAUCGCCGGAGAAAAUGUUCAGGACGUUGGAUUUGUACGAAGCGAUCUCCGACCGGUGGAGUCGGAUCGAAUCCAUAUUCUCUUUCGAAUCCACGUCUGCCAUCCGCUUACAGGCCAUUACGUCCAUGGUGAAACUCGGGGAAGCCGUUAGAACCAUGCUAACGGACUUCGAAACCGCGAUUCAGAAGGACUCCUCCAAGACAACGGUCCCUGGCGGUGGGGUCCACCCUCUCACGCGCUACGUGAUGAACUACCUCACUUUCCUCGCCGAUUACAGCGGCGUGUUGAUUGAUAUAAUCCCUGACUUGCCGCAAUCGCCGUUGCCGGAGUCUUACUACCGUAGCCCGAUGCGCGACGAAAACCCGCCGGCGUCGGAGUUAUCCGAGAAAAUCGCUUGGCUCAUUCUCGUCGUGCUGUGCAAGCUCGACGGCAAAGCGGAAUUCUACAAGAACGUAGAGCUUUCAUACCUGUUUCUGGCUAACAACAUGCAAUACGUCGUGAGUAAGGUGCGCAGAUCGAACCUAGGGUUCCUUCUCGGAGAGGAGUGGUUGGCGACGCACGAAUCGAAGGUUACUGAGUACGCGUCUAAGUACGAGCGCGUCGGGUGGAGCAAGGUGUUCGCGUCGUUACCGGAAAAUCCAGCGACGGAGGUGACGGCGGAGAAGGCAAGGAACCACUUCGUGAAGUUCGACGCUGCGUUUCAUGAAACGUGUAAAAAACAGUCGUCGUGGGUGGUAUCCGACCCGAAAUUGAGAGACGAAAUCAAAGGGUCGAUAGGUUCGAAGCUGAUGCAAAUGUACAGCGAAUUUUACGAGAAGAAUCGGGUCGGGUCAAAGUCCGUUCGGUUUAUUUCGCCUGAAGAUAUUGGGAAAAACUUGUCCAACAUUUUGUGCGGGAAUGGAGAUUCGGGUAGUGUCUCCUCACAUUCUUCCUCAACGACGUCGUCGUCUUCCCAUCGCUCUAAUCGGCGGUGAACUUGAAAUUGACGACGUCAUAUUCCAACAUUUUUUAUUUUUCUAAUUUGUAAUUUAAAUUAAACGUCAUGAAAACUGUCCUGAGAGAGAAAAUAGAAUGAGGACAAGAUAGUGUCUAUGGACGUUACACUUUUUUUUCUUCUUUUUCUUUUGAUGAUGGUACAUUAAUACUACACCUUUUUGUCUUCAA